AUGAGGGGAAAUAGCAGACCACUACUGGCUCGAGCAUUAUCUUUCCGAACCCGCCGGAGGUCCAUUCACUCCGCCUCCUCUCUCCAUGAAAACCUAAUUUCAAAUCCAAUCAAAACGUCACCUCCAGCUCCAAAUCGUUCAACAUCACUCUCCAACAAUAAUAGCUUCGCCACAAAAUUUCACUUCUCAACUCCUUCUGUGCAACUCUUCCUGAGAACCCUCUCCUCCUCCGCCGCCUCCUCCUCCUCUUCAGGUGCAUCAAACAUUGUUCUUGUAAAAUCAGAUGAAGAGUUGAAUAGCGGACUGAAAAAUGUUCAAGAGAAGUCUUCUCCGGCGGUUUUCUAUUUCACUGCUGUAUGGUGUGGGCCUUGCAAGUUUAUUUCUCCUGUAAUUGAAGAGCUGAGUAAGAAAUACCCUCAUGCAACAAUAUAUAAAGUUGACAUUGACACGGCAGAGCUUCAAAAUGCAUUGGCAAAAUUGCAUGUUGCUGCUGUGGACAUGACCUAUUGUUUCUUGUUUUAUUCUUGGAAUGUUUUUGGGAAUGAUGGUAUGGGUUUUGGGCUUGCAGCCAAGUCGUUGCUGCCAACUCUUGAUUUCUACAAAAAUGGCAAAAAGGCAACUACGAUUGUUGGUGCUGAUGUGGCCAAGUUGAAGAAUACCAUGGAAUCUCUCUACGGGUAA